CAUCUCAGACGCCCGAACUUCAAAGCACGCUCUUUUUCUUGAAUCGACCGUGGGUGGUACUACUGUCGAUAAAGAGCAUUUUAAGGGACUUUCUUGAUUCUUAAAAUCUGUUAUAUAUUUUGUUUUAUUUCCGUAAACAAGGGGCCGACGAAACUGUACAGUUGCCAGGAGACAGUUUUCGAUUUAAUCGAAACCAAAAAAGUUUGAUGCUGGAUGUCUUCUCAGUAAUGCUUGGCUGAAUCCAAGGACUUGUCUGACAGCUAACCUGUCAUCGAAUGUCAAACAGCAGCCCUUCCAUGUGGUGAUUCGCAAGACAUAUCGCAUGAUAUUGAACGUGUGCAGGGGAGGUGAGGUACACUUUAUCAGGCAACGGGAUUUUGUGGUGGGUGCUGGAAAACCACUGAGUGAAAUUCUCAUACCUGCAUCUGAAGAACACCACCCAAUCCGUUGUUGUGGCCUGGUCCGCUGACUUUCCGUGCCCGCUGCCAUGGAAGCCAGAGGAAAGUAUGACUUCAAUGCCACAAUUGAGGACGAGCUCAGCUUCCGGAAAGGGGACAUCCUAAAGAUCCUGGGUGUCCAAGACGGCUGGUUUAAAGCAGAGCUUCACGGCCACGAAGGUUUUGUGCCCAAAAACUAUGUUGACAGACAGACUCCCAGCUGGUUCCAGGAGAACGCCAGUCGCAGUUCCGCUGAGGAGACUCUGAUGGACCGAGACAUGGGGGGGUUCCUGAUCCGCGGCAGCCAGAGCACCCCUGGGGCCUUCUCCAUCUCUGUCCGGCACGAGAGUGAUGUCCAGCAUUUCAAAAUCAUGAGGGAGAACAAGGCCAAGUACCACAUCUGGAAUGUGAAGUUCAACUCCCUGAACGAGCUGGUGGAGUACUACAGGAGAAACAGCAUCUCCAAAAACAGCGAGAUUUACCUGAACGACAGCAGCAGGGACGACUCCAGGCCAUCUGUUCCACAGCCGGCAAAGAGAGGCUCGGCGGAUGGCCACUACCCUGGAGGCUACGGAGGUUCACCACAGCCCGCCCAGCAGCGGAGGGCGUCUGAUCAGUCACACAAGCAGCAGAACAAGAGGCCCAGUGUGGAGGAGAGGGCUAGCACAUUGGGCUCCGUGUCGAAGAGCAUCACUCAAAACAGCAGCCAGCCAGGCAGACGAAUAUCAGAUCCCGUCACCCAGCGAGUGCCAACGCAGGUGAGAGCAAUCUACGACUUCACUGCCGAGGAGGACGAUGAGUUAGGCUUUAAGGUCGGAGAAAUUAUCGAGGUCCUGGACUGCAGUGACUCUUCCUGGUUCAGGGGACGUGUGCGCGGCAGAGUUGGCCUGUUUCCAGCCAAUUACACAUUCCCUCUUUGAGACAACUCGCUUGGAGAGAACGGACGAGAGCCUUAUCAGAUGAACACCAUCCCAACCCAUCCUCUGUCCCAGCCUGACUCAAUGCCUUAGGACUAGAACUUUAUGUCUUUUGUUGAAAGAUUGUGUAUAUGCAAAUUCAGGAUUUCACUGAUAAUGAACCUGAGAGAAAUUGUAGUAAUUGUAAUGGAAAUCUCAAAUGUUUCAGCACUGACUUUAACCAAGUAGCCUACUUAUGAAUUUGCCUUUGUUUUGUGCUAUUUGAUGGGACAUCUUACUGUAUGAAUUUAUUAAAUUGAAUGGA